UAUAUACCACUAGUCGCCAGCACCAGCGUCAGUAGUCACCACCGUCAGCAGUCACCGAGUUGCGCUUUUACGAGACAGAAGAACCCUUUAAUCAGCCCGGCAGUCAUGAAACUUUACUUCUUGGUUAUGUUGGUGUCAGCUGUCCUCCUGGUCUCCGUAACUGGUCUCCCUAGAAGAAGUGGAUUUGGAGGCGGAGGUGGUGGUGGCCGUCAUGGUAUUGGAGGCGGAGCUGGUUUUGAGGCAGACAUUGAUCUUGAAUUCGGUCGAGGAAGAGGUGUUGAGGUCGACCUAGGUGGAGGUCUUGGAGGUGGUCUUGGAGGAGGACAUGGAUUUGGAGGAGGUUUUGGAAGGCAUCAUGGUAAAUAAACAACAUCCUCAACUGACAACUAAGAACUAAUAAUGAUGUCUUGUAUAAUUUCAACAUCUUCAUUAUCGGUAAAUAAAGGAAUUUUCUCGCAAAUAUAAAUGUA